AGAGAGAGAGAGAGAGACGUAGACGUAGACGGGGAUGGAUUCGUGCGAGAUUAGGGCCUCGGGCGAGGGAUCCGGUGAUUGCGUCGGGGAGGGGAGAGUCUCUGCGGCGGAGCUGCAGGGGAUCAUGGACCGCAUCAGGUCCAGGGUCGAGGUGCAGCAGGUCCAGGCGGCGUUCGAGAUCCGGAGGCUCACGAAGACGUCGUCGAGGAACCGGCGGCACCUCUCCGCCGCCAUCGAGCCCCUUGUGUUGAUGCUCCGGUCCGGGAGCUCUCAGUCUGCUGAGGCUGCCAUCCUCGGCCUCCUUAAUCUUGCGGUUAAGGACGAAAGGAACAAGAUCAGCAUAGUGGAAGCAGGUGCGCUCAAACCAAUGAUCAUUUGCUUAGCAUCUCCAGAUGCUGAUUUACAAGGAUAUGCGACUGCUGCACUGUAUACCCUUUCUGCUUCGUCGGUCAACAAAUCCAGGAUAAGUGCCUCUGGAGCCAUUCCCCUCCUCAUCAAGGUCCUUGAAAAUGGAAGUCAACAAGCCAAGAUAGAUGCUAUUGCAACUCUCUACAAUCUCUCCACCAUCACAGACAACCUCAGAACUGUCCUCUCACUCUGUCCUAUUCCUCCUCUGAUCAGCUUUCUCAAAACUUGCAAGAAAUCCUCGAAAACAGCUGAAAAAUGUUGUGCCCUUUUGGAAUCAUUGGUUGGUUUUGACGAAGGAAGAACUGCUUUGACAGCUGAGGAAGGUGGGGUGCUUGCUGUGGUAGAAAUUCUGGAAGAAGGGUCCCUUCAGAGUAGAGAGCAUGCGGUUGGAGCCCUCUUAACAUUGUGUGAGAGCGAUCGAAGUAGAUACAAAGAAGUUAUUCUCAAAGAAGGCGCCAUUCCGGGUCUUCUUGAGCUCACCGUCCAAGGGACACCGAAGUCUCAAGCCAAAGCUCGUCGACUUCUAGAGUUGCUGAGGGACUCUCCCUGUCGAAGCUCUGAAUUACAAGCAGAGAUGCUUGAGAAUGUUGUCAGUAGCAUCGUGUCUAGGAUCGGUGGUGAUGAGCAGGCAGAGAAGGCAAAGAAGAUAUUGGCUGAGAUGGUUCAGAUUAGCAUGGAGCAGAGCCUGAGGCAUUUGCAGCGAAGGGCCCUCAUGUGCACUCCGGCCGAGCUGCCUCUUGGUAACCACCGAUCUGAAGUCCCUUCAAAAUAAACAUCUUCUUUUCCGACGAUUUCAUCCUUUGUUCUCAUUUGUACUUGUACAAAAAGUAGUGACAGAAAACCAUAUUAAUAAUAA